CACUGAGCGAAGCUCGGAGGAUCGAUCACGUCCUUUCGUAUCCAGGAGGCUCCAUUAUGCGACGACACACUGUUUGGCGCCUCCACGCAUCGCGGAGCGCGAAGACGGGCGCUGUGGCGGCUGUCAAACUGUGUCAGGCAUCUUUGCCUGUAUAUAAGAACAAUGCGCUCUCGUUGCCUGACUCCCAUCCCAUCAAGCAUCUGCAGCUUACAAGAGUCUGUCGUUUAAUCGUCUAUUCCUUCACUUCGCAUUCUAUUCUAUCGUUCCUGGAGAACCAAUCUCGGCCGGUCCUUUUCGCUGUACAACUUUUACCAAUACCACAUUCCCUCAAAGUAACGAUAUAACGACGAUAUCGAUCUCAAAAUGAAGCAGUCUAUCAUCGCUCUUUCCCUCGUCGGUGCAGUACUCGCCCGUCCUGGCGUCAACAGGUACAGCUUCGAGAAGCGCGAAGUUCCCCAGGAACACGCCCACAGGAACGUCAACCUCGAGGUUACCAAAUCUCUGAACUUGAACAACCCGGACAAGAUCCAGGACCCUGUCUUCGGUCUUCUCGGAGCCAAGGCUGCUGCGGAGGGUGCCGGGAGUAUUGCUGAUCCCGAUUGUCUCCAGCAAGCCACAGCCGACCAGGCGUUCACCAACGCCAAGGCGGCUGGCGAUGUCAACGGCAUGACCUUUGCUCUGAUCUACCGCGCCUUGGAGCGCAACACUGGUUCCGUUGGCCUUGCCUCUGUGCCAUGCACCUCCAUCAAGGCAGUCAACCCUGAGAUCGCUGCCCUGCAGCAGCAUCAGGACCCUGCCUCGAACGGUGCCGCUGCCCUUAACAAGCAGAUUGCAACCGAACUGGCCGCGCAGAUCAGUGCCAUCGGUGGCGACCCAACUCUCGCCAACGAGGCCUCGACUUUCGCGCCCGGCCAGAUUGGCGACCCCACUGCGAAGGGUAACACCUGUGAUGACGAUGCCGACGAUGCGGGUUGCAUCAACACCCUCGGCCUUCGCGUCAAUGAUCUGACUGAGGCCGAGGCCCUCGCUGCCGCUCAGGGUGGUGCUGGAUCUGCGGCCGGAAAUGGAACUGCCAACGCAGGUAGCGGCAAAGCAGGUAGCGGCAAAGCAAAUCAGAGCAAAGGAAAUGCGAACAACAAUGCCAACAACAAUGCCAACAACGCCGCUUGUGGUGCUGGUGCCGCUGCUGGUGCUGGUGCUGCGAACGGCACUGCUUCUGCAGGUGGCAAUGCUUCAAACAACUCUGGUAACAAUGCCAAAUCUGGUAACAAUGCCAAAUCUGGUAACAACGCCAAAUCUGGUAACAACGCUGCUGCCGGAGCUGCUGCCGGAGCUGCUGCCGGAGCUGCUGCCGGAGCUGCCACGGGAGCUGCCACUGGAGCUGCCACUGGAGCUGCUUCUUUCGGAUCUUGCACCGACCCCACGAUCACGUUCUCGCAGACCCCCUCUGACGGCCGUCAAGAGGCUGCUUUUGAGGCGACUGACUUGACCAACUUCCCCCACGGUUCAGCUCUUGGAAUCGGAGUCAUCUCCAGCUUCAUUUGCGACCAGCUCGUGAACAAGUGCAAGGCAGACCAAGCCGCCGUUGACAAGUGCGACCAGGCUGAUGCUGCAGUUAAGUCCUCUGGCCUCAAGGGACAGGCGGCGGCGGACUCUUUCAACAAAGCUCUGGGUUUUUAGGCUAGGCUAGGCGAGGCGAUGAGAACCUUGCAGAUGGAAAAUAGUGCUGAUCUUUUGGGGUCUCACUAGGGGAGAUGGACUGUAUGAUUACGCU